CCGAUUCACUUCGUCGUCGCAACCCAAUUUUCCACCGUCUCUGCUAACAAUGGACGGCGAAGAAGAAGAUGAACAAGUGAUAGCUGAAGAAGUUGAAGCCAUGAAAUCCGUUUAUGAAAACGAUUGUACCAUUCUCAAUUCCAUUCCUCCUCACUUCCAUUUAUCCCUCAAACCCAGAACCGCUGAUGUUUCUUCUCACCAGUUUGUAGAAAUUGUUCUUGAGGUACAUGCAACUCCACAGUAUCCAAAAGAACCUCCUUCUGUUGCUAUUGUGGAUUGCAAGGGUUUGGAUCAACAUAGACAAAAGCAUUUAUUGAAUCAUAUUCAAACUAAAGCCAACGAGCUUUCCCCUGGAUUAAUGCUCGUAGCUCUUUGUGAGGAAGCUGUAGAGAAACUCUUAGAUAUGAAUCAUCCUGAUGGUGAUUGUCCAUUGUGCUUAUUCCCAUUGGUGACAGAAGAACACCAAAGUGAAACCUUGCCUUUUAUGAAGUUAAUGUCUUGCUUUCACUGUUUUCACAGUGAAUGUAUCAUUAGAUGGUGGAAUUGGCUUGAGAGUUCUAAACAAACAGGGUCUUCCAAAUCAGAUAAUGCAACGGCUCGUCGUAACAGGGGUAUGUGUAAUUGUAAAGUUGCAUUUGACGAUAGACAUGUAUAAAUAUAGUUUUCUUCAGUGUGAAAUCAUUCACUUUUACAAAGUAUAGAAGCUUGAAGGACUAAUAAUCUAAUAUUCCUUACUGUAAAUCCUCUUAAGACAUGGUUGGCUCCUAAAUAAAUUCCAAAAUUUUCAAAUUU